AUGUGGAAAGCAACAUGGAGUAUAGUUAUCGUGAAGAUGGAGCGAUUUAAGAAACGCAAGGCUGAAAACCAUGUCAGGGAAUAUUCCACUCGCAACAUGAACUGCUUGAUCAUGUCUGAAGUCAACGCAGAACAGAUAUCUCUCAAGUCGAGACAAAAGUAA